AUGCGUGAGAUUGUCCACCUCCAAACCGGCCAGUGUGGUAACCAAAUCGGUGCCGCUUUCUGGCAGCAGAUUGCUAGUGAGCACGGCCUUGACGGAGAUGGCCACUUCACCGGUGCCUCCGACCUCCAGCUGGAGCGUAUGAACGUCUACUUCAACCACGCCAGCGGUGACCGCUACGUUCCCCGUUCUGUCCUUGUUGAUCUGGAGCCCGGUACCAUGGACGCUGUCCGUGCCGGUCCUUUCGGCAAGCUCUUCCGUCCCGACAACUUCGUCUUCGGCCAGUCUGGUGCUGGUAACAACUGGGCUAAGGGUCACUACACCGAGGGUGCUGAGCUUGUUGACCAGGUUGUUGAUGUUGUCCGUCGUGAGGCUGAGUCCUGUGACUGCCUCCAGGGUUUCCAGAUCACCCACUCCCUGGGUGGUGGUACCGGCGCCGUUCCCCGACCGUAUGAUGGCCACCUUCUCCGUCGUCCCUCUCCCAAGGUCUCCGACACCGUUGUUGAGCCUUACAACGCCACCCUCUCCGUUCACCAGCUCGUUGAGCACUCCGACGAGACUUUCUGUAUUGAUAACGAGGCUCUGUACGACAUCUGCAUGCGCACCCUCAAGCUCUCUCAGCCCUCAUACGGUGACCUGAACCACCUGGUCUCCGCUGUCAUGUCCGGUGUGACCACCUCCCUCCGUUUCCCUGGUCAGCUCAACUCCGACCUCCGCAAGCUAGCUGUCAACAUGGUUCCCUUCCCUCGUCUGCACUUCUUCAUGGUCGGCUUUGCUCCCCUGACCAGCCGUGGUGCUUCUCAGUACCGCCAGCUCAGCGUUCCUGAGCUCACCCAGCAGAUGUUCGACCCCAAGAACAUGAUGGCUGCUUCCGACUUCCGCAACGGUCGCUACUUGACCUGCUCUGCCCUCUUCCGUGGUAAGGUCUCCAUGAAGGAGGUUGAGGACCAGAUGCGCAACAUCCAGAACAAGAACCAGAGCUACUUCGUUGAGUGGAUCCCCAACAACGUCCAGACCGCUCUUUGCUCCGUUCCUCCCCGUGGUCUCCGCAUGGCCGCCACCUUCGUUGGUAACUCCACCUCCAUCCAGGAGCUCUUCAAGCGUGUCGGUGAUCAGUUCACUGCUAUGUUCCGUCGCAAGGCUUUCUUGCACUGGUACACUGGUGAGGGUAUGGACGAGAUGGAGUUCACUGAGGCUGAGAGCAACAUGAACGACUUGGUUUCCGAGUACCAGCAGUACCAGGAUGCCUCCAUCUCCGAGGGCGAGGAGGAGUACCUCGCUGAGGAGCCCCUUGAGGAUGAGGUCUAG